AAUAUGGCGUUAUAACCAAAAAUGGAAAUAGUCGCGAUCUUUAAUUUCGUUCUACUCUUUGUGAAAUCAACAUCUCUAAGCAGCCUUUCUAGUUGUUUUUAAAAUAAAAAAUGAAUUGACGCAACUAUGAUCUAGUCAUAAAAACGUUUGGAUUUUUCUAUAAUGGAUUGGAAGGUAUGUGUUUGGUUUUUGGUUAUCUUGUUGCUUUGUAUUAAGGAACAUGAUUGUUUACCCGAAUACUGUACAAAAUAUGGAAAUUGCCGAUGUGAAAAUGGGGUUGAAGAUAAGUUUUCUUGCCGAGAUCUUGGGAGCAUAAAUAAUCUAAUUUCCCUUCUACCAUCAACUAUAACAGAAUUGAAAAUAACUCAUUCAAAUAUUAAUCGUAUUAAUAAAAAUACAUUUUCAAAGUUUACCUCAUUAAAAGUAUUAACACUUCAAAACAAUAAAAUCAAAUUUAUUCAUCCACUGUCAUUCGCACUAACGAAGAAUCUCGAAGAAAUUAAUUUGCAAAGUAAUAGAUUAAUAAGAUUUGAGAUACACAGCGGUUUACAAAAACUUGAAAGAUUGAAUUUACAAAAGAAUCAAUUAAGCUAUAUUUCCAAAACCUUUUUCUACUUAAAAUCCCUAAAGUCACUUAACGUACGGAAAAAUAAGCGUUUGAAAUGCACAUGCGAAACGGUAUGGCUCUUGGAAAAGAAUAUAAUGGUUGAAGGUAGUUGUAAAUUGAUAACAAGAGGGAAGAAAAGGUUUAAAAGAGAGAAAUUAUCAGAGUUGGCUGUUGAAGACCUUUGUCCGCCGCUACCGUUUAUGCAACCUGAAAAUAGUCAAAUAUUAUUUAUAGGUGACUCAUUCGAAGCCUAUUGUACAAUGAAAUCGCGUGAUCCAACUGCCAAAUAUGAUACAAGCAAUUUAAAAUGGAGACUAAAUGGUAUUGAUUUGAAAAAUAGGACAAAUUCAUCAGAAUCUUUUCAUAUAGAUAUAAAUAAGCAUGAUAUAAAAUUAACAGUUCCAGUUGUUGAUCUCUCCCUUCAGGGAAUUUUAGCUUGCUCUGAUGGCACUGAUAAAUAUAUUAUAAAAAUAAUUGUCUAUGAUUCGAAUGAUACCUUUUGCGGUUUGGACCAUAGUUCUUCAUUAAAAGGCAACUAUACCUGGAAAAUGACUGUUAGCAAUACAACGGUAAUUCAAAAGUGUAAAUCUCCAAGAAAGGCAAAUAUCGAAAGAUAUUGUAAUACAAAUGGAAAAUGGACAAACGUAAACGAAGAAAAUUGUGAAUUUCUAGCUAAUUCUACAAGAUUAUUGGAUAAAUUAUAUAAAAACGAUUCAAGUAACUCUUUAAACAUUCUUGGACAAUAUUUAAUGGAAAACUCAGUUUCUUUCACGUCGGAAAAGAAAAAUUUAAUACUUAUUCUCAAUAUAAUUGAUCGUCAUAUUCAUAAAACAUCAGUAAAUCGGGAUACAACACAUAUGGUCUUAUCGAUUAUAUCUAAAAUUAUUUACUCAAACCCGACAGUUUUAAAGCAAAGUGUCAUUAAUUAUUCCCUAACGGAAAAGAUAUUUAAAAUAAUCAAGAAAUUGGCUUAUGGCAUCAAAUUGGGUAGUGACGAUAUUGUACAAUUAACGUUUAAUGGUUUAACCUUUUAUUCCAAAAUGGUUAGUACUCAUAGUGGAAUAUCAUGUUCAGCGUCAUUUGGUAAAAGUCUUAAAUGUACCAAAUAUGUCAACGAAUCUGAUUAUAAUUGGGAUAAUUAUGAUUUAUAUACUAGUUAUCAUCUACCACCAUCAAAUGAUUCAACGAGAAUUAUCCUAGUUGUUUUUGACAAUGAAGCCGUAUUUGGCAGUGAUUUUGGAGAAAAUUUAAAUUAUCCAAUUAUUUACUCAUCAUUCUCUCCUAACGGCGAGGUGACGGGAGAGGUUGACUUUACAAUUAGAAAAGACGAUACGGGAGUUUCUCUAAAGAGAUUCAUACCUGGAGUUGGAGUUUGGUUUAACGCUACUUGUAUCGAUAUUGAAGACAGUGCUUUACUUAGUUUUAAAUGUAGAAGUAAUUUUGAAGCAGCCUAUGCCUUAGUCAGUCAGGAGAGUAAACGAAGUUUCUUUCAUUUUGAUUUUCGAGUUCGUUUGUUGGGAUCUAUAGCAUUUACUGGUUGUGCUGUUGUAUUUUUAUCAUCGAUUAUAUCGGCCAUAUUAUGUUGUCGAUGGCAAAAGUCUGCACCGUCGGAGUGGAGACAUUCUAUAGCAAAUUUAUGCGUUAGCUUUAGCCUUUGCGCUGCUUUAUUUUGCGUAGACUUUAUUGAACCACCACUUAUUUGUUCAAUCAGACCGUUAUUAUUAAAUCUGUUUAUAUUCUCUGGAUUCUGUUGGAGUAUAUCGGCAAAUUACGUUGCUAAACAAGCAAUAUUUAAGAAAGUUCUCUCAAUUGAAGACGACGAAUUGGAAACAGCUGAAGUCGAUUCCAGAUCAUCUUGUUUUAAGUAUUACCUAAUUGGCUACGGUUUACCACUUCUGGUUAUUGGUUUGACAGCAGCAAUAACACUGAGGCCAAAGGAAAUUGGUGAUUUUCAAUGCACACAACCAGAUUUUAUAAGUCUUUACGCUCCAUCAGCUUUCUUUGCUGUAAUAUUCUUCUUCAUGAGCUUUCGAAUCGAAUGCCUACAUUGCUUUCAUUUGGAAGACGAGGAUUCUGAAAAUGUCAUGACAAUCAGCGAUUGCCGUGCUGUACUUGUGUGCUUUAUAAUGUAUCUUCUCUGUUUUGUGUCAUCGGUUUUUCUCAUAUUGGAUUACAGGAUACCUUUCUUGCCAGUGAAGAGCCAAACUUUCUACGAAUGCGCCUUCUGUCAGUUUUGUGUUCUUCUAAGCAUAUCUUCCAUUUUCGCUCUGGGAAUUGUUCAAAGACCCGAACCAGAAGUGGAAGAAGUAUCUGAAAAUCGUGUAGAACCGAUUGGUAAAGAUCAUAACAAUCGAACGGAGAGUGUUAUAAGUGACAAUACACACGCGUCUUCUUCAGUUGCUCUCCCACCUCCUCCUGUAAAUUUGGGAAAGAAUGGCUUUCAUCAAAGUUCCUUUUACAACCCCAGACAAAAUGGUAUUGCCAGAAAAUUUUGGGACCGAAAGAAGGAACAGAUUAGAAACAUUCCAUACGAAACUAGAGAAGAAGACGAAAGUGAGUUAAAACAAUUAGAAAAUAGCGAUGAAGAUAGCAAACGACUAUUAAGACAAGAAGAGAAGGACGAAACUGUUGUUUGA